UGUAAAUUAAAUCGAAUGGCAACAAAAUGUAUAUAUUUUGUAUUAGUUUUAGCUAUUUUAUGUCUAACAGAUACUAGUGCUGCUCUAAAUCAUAAUAAUAAUACAAUUAAAAUUCUAAAUAACAAUAAUAUUAAUAAUGCAAAAGACGCUGGAGGAAUACGCACAUUUAGCGAACUUACCAGUGAACUAUAUCAACAUCAACAACAACAAUAUGAAUACAGUAAUAGCAAAAAGACAACAACAACAGCAACAGCAGCAUCGCACAUCGCUGAGACUGACAUUGAGGCUAAGAAUACUCACAAUAAAUAUGAAACCAACAACAUCAACAACAACAAUACAAAAUCCAGUGAGCAGAAGCAACAGAACAACAGCAACAGCAACCAUACGACUGAAAACGCUGCUGAAGUACAACAUCAUAUAAAUAAUAUUGAUAUAUUUGGUGCUUAUAGCAUACCCGAUCAGGCAAUAUUUACAAACGAGUUUGCUGUUCAUAUACCCGCUGGCAAAAGUGUGGCCGAUGAUAUUGCCAGUAAACAUGGCUUCACCAACAAGGGACAGAUCGGUGCCCUUGAAGAAUUUUAUCUGUUCGAGCAUCAUCGCGUGUCGAAGCGUUCGUUGCGUUCCAGCCGCAAGCAUCACAGUGCCUUAAAGUCGGAGUUCGAGGUUAAAUGGCUGCAGCAACAGCAUGAGAAAAUUCGACGCAAACGCGAUGGCCCCUAUCGAGAACUAUCCACAUACAGUCCGUACAAUAUAUUGCGACAAGCGCCUAACAACGACUACAUAUUCAAUCCGCAUUCGUAUACGCCUUUAUAUUCCCCAGACCCCGUUUUACACGCAUCCACAGCAGCUGGAGGAUCCCAACAACACUCGUCGCGUCUCGGCUAUCGCGAUGUUAGCUCGCAUUUGAUCUUCUCGGAUCCGUUGUUUAAGGAACAGUGGUACCUGAACGGUGGGGCUAAGGAUGGCCUGGACAUGAAUAUAGCGCCUGCCUGGCAAAAGGGCUACACGGGCAAAGGCGUAGUGGUGUCCAUACUGGACGAUGGCAUACAAACGAACCAUCCCGACUUGGCACAGAAUUAUGAUCCGGAUGCAUCGUUUGAUAUUAACGGCAAUGAUUCGGAUCCAACGCCGCAGGAUAAUGGUGACAAUAAGCACGGCACACGUUGCGCUGGCGAAGUGGCUGCUGUUGCGUUUAACAAUUAUUGCGGCGUGGGCGUGGCCUACAAUGCCAGCAUAGGCGGCGUGCGCAUGCUGGACGGCAAGGUGAACGAUGUGGUAGAGGCACAAGCUUUGAGCUUAAAUCCUUUACAUAUUGAUAUCUAUAGCGCCUCGUGGGGUCCCGAGGAUGAUGGCUCCACAGUGGAUGGUCCAGGACCCUUGGCCAGACGUGCCUUUAUCUAUGGUGUAACCAGCGGACGUGACAGCAAGGGCUCCAUCUUUGUCUGGGCCUCGGGCAAUGGUGGUCGCUAUACAGAUUCCUGCAACUGUGAUGGUUAUACCAAUUCCAUCUUUACGCUGUCCAUUUCAAGUGCCACACAGGCAGGCUUUAAGCCUUGGUAUCUGGAGGAAUGCUCCUCCACGCUUGCCACCACCUAUAGCUCUGGCACGCCGGGUCACGACAAGAGCGUCGCCACCGUAGACAUGGAUGGCCGCUUGCGCUCCGAUCACAUCUGCACAGUGGAGCAUACGGGCACUUCGGCUUCAGCGCCGCUGGCAGCGGGCAUUUGUGCGCUAGCGCUGGAAGCCAAUCCCGAGCUCACCUGGCGUGACAUGCAGUAUCUGGUGGUGUACACCUCACGUGCCGCGCCGCUGGAAAAGGAAAGCGGCUGGACGCUUAAUGGUGUCAAGCGCAAAUAUAGCCACAAGUUUGGCUACGGACUGAUGGAUGCCGGCGCGAUGGUGUCGCUGGCUGAACAGUGGACAACAGUGCCGCCGCAGCAUAUUUGCAAAUCGCGCGAAAAUAAUGAGGAUCGUAAAAUUGAGGGCACCUUUGGCUAUACGCUGGCCACGCACAUGGAUGUCAAUGGCUGUGCGGGCACCAUCAAUGAGGUGCGCUAUCUGGAGCAUGUGCAAUGUCGCAUUACCUUGCGCUUCUUUCCGCGCGGCAAUUUGCGCAUUUUACUCACCUCACCCAUGGGCACCACCAGCGAGCUGCUGUUCGAGCGUCCACGUGAUUUGGUCAAGUCCAACUUUGACGAUUGGCCAUUCCUUAGCGUGCACUUUUGGGGCGAACAGGCCGAGGGCCGCUGGACGCUGCAGGUGAUCAAUAGCGGACGUCGUCGUGUCAACCAACCGGGCAUCUUGUCCAAGUGGCAGUUAAUCUUCUAUGGCACCGCCACGCAGCCGAUGCGCCUCAAGUCCGAGUUGCUGCAGAAUCAGCGUGCCAGCAAUCCGUUUCUCUACUCUGCUCCUGCCACGGGCGCUGCCGCCAACGCAGAUAAUGCAGAUAGCUUUGCCAGCUAUCUGAACUAUCAGCACAUCUUUAGCAGCGCCGGCUCCAGCCCAGAGAUUGCUACCGCUACACUAGAUGGUCAGAAUAUGAAUCUUACAGCCUCGUCUAUGUCCACACCCAAUGAGAACAAUGAUAACAAUAAGCCUAUGCUGGAGGGCUGUGAUGCCGAGUGCGAUGCCUUGGGCUGCUAUGGACGUGGACCCACUCAGUGUGUGGCCUGCAGUCAUUACAGACUGGACAACACCUGCGUCAGUCGCUGUCCACCGCGAUCUUUUCCCAAUCAAAUGGGCAUCUGCUGGCCCUGCCACGAUUCGUGUGAAACCUGCGCUGGCGCUGGUCCCGAUAGCUGUCUGACCUGUGCGCCUGCCCAUCUGCAUGUCACUGAUCUGGCCGUCUGCUUGCAGGUCUGCCCAGAUGGCUACUUUGAGGAUCAAAAGAAUCGCACCUGUGUGCCCUGCGAGCCCAACUGCGCAUCCUGCCAGGAUCAUCCAGAGUACUGCACAAGCUGUGAUCAUCAUUUGGUUAUGCAUGAGAACAAAUGCUACUCGGCCUGUCCGUUGAACACCUAUGAAACCGAAGAGAACAAAUGCGCCUACUGUGACGCCUCCUGUGCUAGCUGUAAUGGCGCCACAGAUCGCGACUGCAUCACCUGUCGCAGCAGUCGCUACGCGCAUGAGCGUCAAUGCCUUAACAAUUGCCCCGCUGGCUAUUAUGCGGAUAAGAAACGUUUGGAGUGCCUGCCCUGCCAGGAUGGCUGCAAGAGCUGCAGCAGCAAUGGCAUCUGCACCGAGUGCCUGCCCGACUGGAUGCUCAACAAGAAGGACAAAUGCAUUUUGGCAGGCAGCGAAAGCUGUGCCGAUGCUGAGUACUUUGAUGUGCAGGCACGCCAAUGCAAGCCUUGCCACAAUAGCUGCGAAAGCUGCAACGGUCCGCUUUCCAGUCAUUGCCUUUCGUGUCCAGCCGAUCGCUUGUUGGAGCGCAGCAGCUGUGUCAGCGGCUGUCAGGAUGGCUACUACAUGGAAACGGGUGCAUGCACGCCCUGCCUGCACACCUGCAUGCAAUGUGUCUCGCGCACCAACUGCAGCAACUGCUCCAAGGGCUUGGAGCUGCAAAACGGCGAAUGUCGCACCACCUGCGCUGAUGGCUAUUAUAGCGAUCGCGGCAUCUGUGCCAAGUGCUAUUUAAGCUGUCACACUUGCAGCGGCCCCAGACGCAAUCAGUGCGUGCAAUGUCCCGCUGGCUGGCAGCUGGCCGCUGGCGAGUGUCAUCCAAAAUGUCCCGAGGGAUUUUACAAGUCCGACUUUGGCUGUCAGAAGUGUCAUCACUACUGCAAGACAUGCAAUGCCGCUGGUCCCUUGGCCUGCACAGCUUGUCCCACGCACUUUAUGCUCGACGGUGGACUCUGCAUGGAGUGUCUAAGCUCGCAGUACUACGAUGCAAAUACACAGAGCUGUAAGAGUUGUCAUGAAUCCUGCCGCGCCUGCUUUGGUCCUGGUCAGUACGGCUGCAAAGGCUGUGCAGCACCAUUGCAUUUGGAUCAGCUCAACAGUCAGUGUGUGCCCUGCUGCAAAGAUCAACAAGAACAGCAGCAGCAACAGCAGCGGGAGCGCGAGGAGAAUGCUACCGAAGCUGCCAACUGUUGUCAAUGUGACAAGGAUACGGGUGAAUGCCGCAGUGCCUCGACGGCUGGCAAACGCCGCACUAUUGUCGGCACGGAGAGCCUCUUCCGACAGGCUAUAUCGCCGCAAGAUAACAGAGAUAACGGUGCCUUUGUGCUGCGCCUGGAUUCACCGCUAACGGCCAUUACAGCUAUUGCUGUGGCCAUUUGCCUGCUCAUCAUCACUAUUUUCUCCAUUAUAUUUGCCGUUUUGCAGCGCAAUAGCAAUCACGUCUCUAGAAACUCGGUGCGUUAUAGAAAGAUCAAUAGUCGCGCGAGUGGUGGUGGCGUUAGUGGCGCAAUUGCUUCUUCGUCCAAGCUAAGCAAUGAGGCUAGAUUUAUAUUCAAUGUCGCUGAGCGUGCAUUGGAUGGUGAUGAUACCGAUAUUGACAUAGAUAAUACGGAUGAGGAGGAGCAUCUUGUUUAUGAACCACGUGGCCCAACGCAUGCUAACGAAUUUCACGUAAAGAGUACAAAAAAUGAUAUUGAUGCGAUCGAGUUUCAUUCUACCAAAUUUCCCACUUCUAAAAAAACUCACCACACGAAUGCCAACACGAGCUCACCUACAAGCAGCUGAUUUAUUGAUAAUGCAAAAACCACAACCACAACAACAACAAUACCCACAACUAAAAUUACCACUCCCACAACAACAAAAACAACUUUGAUCCUGAAUUUCUUGCUCUGGACUAGUAAAUUUUAACCUUACUUGAGGAUAUAUAUAUAUAGCGAAUCGAAAUAUUUAACAUUCGAAAAAUGAUAAAAAAUUUAUAUGUG